AUGGCAUUUUAUUUCGGAAUACUCAAAGAACCUCGCGGUCUUAUUCGACUGCUUCAAUUUAUAUUUGCUAUAUUUGCUUUUGCUACAGCAUGUAAUGGUAGUUCUUAUCUUAUUAUUCGAAAAGGUUCAAAUACAGGAGUAGCCAAUGUUUCAUGGUCUUAUCCUUAUAAUUUACAAGCUGCUACAAUUAAUACAGGUCUUAAUACAAGUCAACCAACAUUAUCAAGUUCAAAUAAUAUUAAACCAUCAGCUGAAUUUUUUGUUUUUACGGGUGUUACAUCAAUGUUAAUAUCACUUGCAUUUUUAACACUAUAUAUUGUAACCGAUCGUUUAUAUCGUUUUAAUGAAAAUAUUCCUAUAAUUGAUUUUAUUCUUAUAUUAAUAUGGACUAUUUUUUGGAUUGCUGGUAGUUCAGCAUGGGCAAGUGGUGUAUCAAAUAUACGAACACAAACUUCUUUUGAUUAUGUAAAAGAACUUAUAACAGAUUGUGAUAAUAAUCAACCAGUAUGUGAGGAAUAUGAAUCUGGUACUUAUACUAAUAUAACAGUAUCAGUUAUAUUUGGAUUUUUAAAUUUUUUACUUUGGCUUGGUAGUAUGUGGUUUGUUUAUAAAGAAACAAAAUUUUUUAAGAGUCGUACAGCACAACAAUAUCCACAAGAAAAUAAUUUUUCAAAUAUUUCUGGUUCAAAUAUGCAACAACAAACGCAAAUUCAAAAACCAGGUACUAUGGGUUAA